AUGGAUGGCUUUUUCACAAGUUUAUUGAUUUCCAUUGCUUUAUUCUUGCUGCUUUUUUCACCUUCUGUUGCAGUAGACAGCAUAGCUGCAAAUCAAGUAAUCAAAGAUGGUGAAACCAUUGUUUCAGCUGGAGAAAUGUAUGAAAUGGGAUUCUUUAGCCCUGCUAACUCCAGGAAUCGUUACUUGGGGAUAUGGUACAAGAAGGUGGCAACGGGUACAGUGGUAUGGGUUGCUAACAGAGAAUUACCCUUAUCCAAUAGAUCAGGCACCUUCAAAGUCAAUAGUCAGGGACGCCUGCUGAUUUCCUGCUGUGGUGAUACCGUAAUCUGGUCAUCCACUUCUUCAGCAUUUGUCAGAUAUAUUAAUCCAGUGGCUAAACUUCUGGAUACUGGAAAUUUUGUUGUGAAGGAUGGGAACAGUACUGAUGAGACAAAUUUCAUUUGGCAAAGUUUUGAUUAUCCUGGUGACACCUUACUACCUGGAAUGAAACUUGGGAAGGACUUUGUAACAGGAACUAACAGGAACUUAACAUCAUGGAAGAGUCCCAAUGACCCUUCUCUAGGUCAGUAUGUAAAUUAUGUAGACACAAAUGGAUAUCCACAAGUGUUCAUACUCGGGCAAGGUUUACUCAAACGCAUAAGGUAUGGACCAUGGAAUGGCAUUAGGUUUAGUGGUCUGCCUAAUGAGAUGCCAAAUCCAAUUUACUCAGUUGACUUUGUUGUUAACCAGAAGGAAGUAUAUUAUAAAUCCGAGCUUAAGAGUUCAACUGUUCAGAUGAUGCGGUUGAUGUGGGACGGCAGCAUGGUAAUAUUGCGUUGGAACAAUCGAAGCGGUGAAUGGAUUGUUUUUGCUAAUAGUCUACUGGAUAUGUGUAAUGGCUAUGGACUAUGUGGUCCUUAUGGAAGCUGUGACAUCAGCAAGACUCCUUCUUGUACUUGUAUGGAUGGUUUUGAACCAAAACGUCCGGAUGAAUGGAACAUGGCAGGUUGGUCGAGUGGGUGCCAACGCAAAGUUCCUUUAGAUUGUGAUGUCACGGAAGACUUUUGGAAAAUCAAAGGAAUGAAAUUUCCUGACACACAAAAAUCUUGGUACAAUAAGAGCAUGACCCUUGGCGAGUGUGAGAUGGCCUGCAGGAAAAAUUGCUCUUGCACGGCUUAUGCAAAUUUAGAUAUCAGAAGAGGAGGGAGUGGAUGCUUAUUAUGGUUUGGCGAACUGUUGGAUUUUAAAGUUUGUGAUGAGAGUCAAGAUCUUUAUAUAAGAAUGCCGGCCUCUCUUCUAAAAGAUGAUGGUCUUACGAUCUCCCAAUCUGGCAUCAAAAUGAUUCGAGUACUCACCAUCACCUUGUCAAUUUUGUUGGUUUUGCUGGGCUUGUCCUUAGCAGUGUAUGUUUAUAAGAAGAAAAGGAGAAGGUCUCACACGAAAGGACGAGGUCGCAGGGUACAUGCCCUUGAUAAAAAGUACUCGGAUGUAGAGAAGGAUGAUCUAGACCUGAAUUUUAUUAGCUUAUCUAAAAUAGUUAAGGCUACAAAUAACUUUUCCAUUGACAAUAAGCUCGGAGAAGGUGGCUUCGGUCCAGUUUACAAGGGAGUGUUGGAAAGCGGACAAGAAAUAGCUGUGAAGAAACUUUCAGAAACUUCUGAGCAGGGGUACGAUGAGUUCUACAAUGAAGUUGUUUGUGUUGCCAGACUUCAGCAUCGGAAUCUUGUGAAGCUUCUUGGAUACUGCAUGGAUGAAGAUGAAAGGAUCCUGAUUUAUGAAUACCUGCCUAACAAAAGCUUGGACUUAUAUCUAUUUGAUGAAACCAAAAGUUCUAUGCUGGAAUGGCCUCUGCGCUUUGAUAUUAUCCGUGGGAUUGCUAAAGGUAUUCUCUAUCUCCAUCAAGAUUCUCGCCAUCGAAUCAUCCACAGAGAUCUCAAAGCAAGCAAUAUUCUGCUGGAUCGUGACAUGAACCCAAAAAUAUCAGAUUUUGGGCUUGCUAGAGAGUUUGGAGGAGACCAGAUUACAGACAAGACAAAGAAAGUGGUUGGAACAUAUGGUUAUAUUUCACCCGAGUAUGCAAUUCAUGGGCGUUACUCUGUGAAAUCGGAUGUUUUCAGUUUUGGUGUUUUGGUACUGGAGAUGGUGAGUGGGAGGAAAAACAGAGAAUUCUCUCAUGAAGAUGUCAAUGAUAACCUUCUUGGACAUGACAGAGGAAAACCACCCCCAUUCUCUCACUUUUGAUCAUGGAUUUCGGUUUCAAUCAGGCAUGGAGACUUUAUAGAGAAGGCAAGUGUCCUGAGCUCAUGAGUCCUUGUUUACGCAACUCUUGCAUUGUCUCAGAAGUGGAACGAACAAUACAUGUUGGUCUAUUGUGUGUGCAAAAUCUUGCACCGGAUAGACCAACAAUGUCGUCAGUGGU